AUCGAUAGAGAUACAAUAAUUGUACAUUUGCUUUAACCGUGCCCGUGGAUUUUGUGAUCGUGAGGAGAAUUCCUAUUAAAAUUCUGCCAAAAUGGGGAGACGAUCGAUCAAUACCACGAAAAGUGGGAAGUAUAUGAAUCCUACUGAUCAAGCAAGGAAGGAAGCAAGAAAGAGGGAAUUAAAGAAGAACAAGAAGCAGCGUAUGGCAGUGAGAGCUGCUGUCUUGAAGAACAAAGAUCCAUUGGGUUUACUACAAGACUUAGAAGCAUUGGAUGAACUAGAGUUGAAUCCAGAGGUGAAGACAGACCUGAAUGAGAAAGUUAUCAAGGAAAAGAGAAAGAAAAUAAAAGAAACCCUUGAUAGAGUUUUAAAACUAUAUAGUCGUGAGGAACCAGAACGUUACAAUGAUUUUAAGAAGGCAGAGAAGAAAUAUGAAAAACAGAGAACGACAAAAGUCAAGGAAUAUGAGGCUAUUAGAGAUGCAAGACAGGUGACGGUGGAAUCUAUCCCGCUCCCAGAUGCCCCAAAUGCCCCCUCUGCCAUACCCCUCCCUCAGGAUAUCCCCCUCCCAGGGGCACAACCACCCUCCAUCUUGAAGAAAAGCUCAUCAUAUGGCCCACCGUUGAUACCGCCCCCGUUCAUGGCAACCCUUCCUCCCGUGCUACCCACCCUGACCUGGCCAUACUGCCUUCCCAAUGGGAAGACACCCCCAGGACCACCACCGGGCUUGCCACCAGGGGUAUCUGUACCGCCCCCUGGACCCCCUUCGGGUCUUCCUCCACAUCUUGCUGCUGUACAUGAAAUGGAACAGUUGCUGAGAGCUGAAAGAGAUGAAGAGCUAUCCUCCGAUGAAGAUGAGGACAUGGAGGAAGAGACAAGGAAAAGAAAGAAUGAAUCAGACGAGAUGGAGACUGAUGACAGCGAUAGUGAGGACGAGAGAGAGCGAGAGAGGAGGAGAGCUGAAAGCAGCAGCGACAGCGAUACAGAGGACAGCAUGGCUGACGAACGUGAAAGGGAAGAACGAGAAAGGGAUGAGGAGAGGCAGAAGGAGAUGGGUAGAAGGUUACGGCAGGAUAGUGAUGAUGAUCGGGAUGAUGACGAUGAUGAUUAUCGCAGAAGAAGACGACGCAGGAGAAGGUCGAGCAGCGAUGAAGAAGAUUAUAGAGAAAAGGAGAAGAGAUCUGUUCGUUUUGCUGAUGAUGGUGAGAAUGAAGAGAGUUCCGAGGCUACCUUGAGUCGCAAACUACCCCCUGGAAUGACACCUUUGCAAGCCAGGAUGUUGGCUAUGGCAGGACAACAGAUACCUGUAGCAGCAGAGAAAGACGAAGAGGAGGAAGAUGAUGAGGAGGAACAAGAAGAUGGAAGGGGUCAUGAUAAGGAAGACGAUGAAGAAGAUGAAGGUGAUAGUGACAGGAAAGGUGAACAGCCAGUGGAUGAACAGUUGGAGGCUCUCAGGAAAGUUGUAGCAGCAGCAAAAGCUGUAAUUCCUGUAAGCAGCGUGAGUGCAUCGGUGACAGCGGCAGGACUUGUAGCUCCUCCAGCACGGCUUCCUCCUGGUCCACCACCCACAGCUCCUCCAGGCUUCCCACCAGGUAUGCCUGUACCUACAGGGGUGCCUCCCAACUUCAACAGACCUCCACCUCUUCGCCCACCUCCCCCACCCCUCAGGAUGAUCCCUCCAGGUCCCCCUGCUGGCCGACCUCCUGCACCACCUCCAGGACCACCACCAGGUGUCCCACCACUCCUUCGAGGUGGUCCACCUCCACGCUUAACCCUUCCUCCUGGUAUGCUGCCCCCUCCUCGCCUUCCGAUGCCUCCUCUAAGACCUGGUGUGCCACGCUUGGAGAACCCCAAUGUCUUCUCUGCUGCGCCCAUGAUCAGACGCCUCCCAACAAGAGCAGAAGAAGCUGCUGACGUCAAGUCCUCUGCUACCAUUGAGGCCAAACCCCAGAUCAGGAAUCUCACUGCAGAUGUGACCCGCUUCAUGCCAACUUCGCUUCGUGUGAAGAGAGACGCUAAGGGUAAAACAAAGGGCCUGAAAGCGGGUGGAGUGGAAGAAGCAGCCAUGGCUCCGGCUAUGAAACCCAACCCUGCUGUACAGUCAGCCACCAAGGACGAUGCUUAUGAUCAAUUCAUGAAAGAAAUGGGUGAACUCAUGUAAAUGUGUGGAAACAUUCACUUUAAUUGGACUUGCAGCUUCCAUAUUACGCGAUCAUGAACAGCUUUGUCAAAAUCAUUCAUCAGGCCCAUUAACAUUGAAGUUUCUGCUAUGGCUUGUCUUGCUCAAUACAAGUAAAAGACUGCUCUUCCUAUUUUUUACACACAAAAUGUGUGUAUGUGAUCACUGAUCCUUUAACCCUAACUAGGCUUUGAGAUUUCGGGCCAUUGGCCGCAUGAUCAUGCGAAAAUUGACACAUAGGUUAUCCACGGCCUAAUCUACAAAAUAGUGUUAUUUUUUUCAAGGGAAUUGGUUUUAGUAAUUAUGCUCAUUUAUGUGUAAUUAAAGGUCAAGUCUAACCCAGGAAAAUGCUGACUUGAAUAAAUAGAGAAAAAUCAAACAUGAAUAAUGCUGAAAAUUUCAUCAAAAUCGAAUGUAAAAUAAGAAAGUUAUGACAUUUUAAAGUUUCGCUUAUUUUUCACAAAACAGUGAUAUGCACAACUAGGUGAGUCGGUCGAUGAUGUCCAUCACUCACUAUUUCUUUUGUUUUUUAUUGUUUGAAUUAUACAAUAUUAAAUUUUUUAUCUAUUUGAAAAUAAGGACCAACUUGACUGAACCAUUUAGUAUUAAACAAUGCUAAUUUCACAUUUUCAGGGAGGAAUUAAUCGUAUCACUUGACAAUGAGGAGAAAAUUAGAAUAUUUCAUAUAAUAAAAUACAAAAGAAAUAGUGAGUGGAUGACUCCAUAGUCUCCUCAUUUGCAUACCAACCAGGAUGUGCAUAUAACUGUUUUGUGAAAUUAAGCAAACUUUAAAAUGUCAUAACUGUCUUAUUUUACAUCCGAUUUUAAUGAAAUUUUCGGGGUUAUGCUUGUUGGAUUGUUCUCUUUUUAUUCAAAUCAAGUUUUUGUUGGGGUGGACUCCUGAAAUGAAGCUCCAAAUGUGCUAAUUUAGGGUGUAGAUGGUGUUUUUGGCAAUUUCUUAAGUAAUUUUUUGUGUAUUCUACCGUUUCCUUUUCACCGUUUUCGCGAUGAAAUUGUUGGUAGCACUUAUGCAAUCAUAAACAGCAUAAAAUAAAGUAAUUUGAAUCAGUAAAGGCAAAAAAUAUUAAAGGGAUG